GAAGAAGAGAUCCGGGUUAGCUCGCUGCUUCGCUUUGGGGGUAGCAGUUGAGUGUGUGGGAAUCAGCGGGAGUUAACUGAUUCUUUACUUAACGCGAUGGCGUACCAGCUGUACAGAAACACCACGCUUGGAAACAGUCUACAGGAAAGUCUCGAUGAGCUCAUCCAGAGUCAGCAGAUCACUCCUCAGCUGGCUCUUCAAGUCCUCCUGCAGUUCGACAAAGCCAUUAACACUGCCUUGGCCAACCGAGUCCGCAACAGGGUUAACUUCAGGGGCUCCCUGAACACGUACAGGUUCUGUGACAAUGUGUGGACGUUUGUCCUCAAUGAUGUGGAGUUCCGGGAAGUAACUGACCUUGUGAAGGUUGAUAAGGUCAAAAUCGUUGCCUGUGAUGGAAAGAAUACAGGUUCUAAUGCUGGGGAGUGAAACCUCUGGAGACAACCUGGACUGUACAUAUAAUUUAUUACCGCAGAGUUACUGUGCCUGCAGCUUUUAUUGAUUUUCUUUUUUUAACGCAAUUGUUUUGCUGUAAUUAAUGAGCUGCUUCAUGUUUAAUAAAACUUUAUCGAAAAAUAUGAAUUUUAAAAGGGUUUCUGGGUAUGUUCUUGUAACA